GAGAGUGACAAAGAAAGCUCUGCCUGAGCAACACCCCGAGUAUAUUGUUUAAUCUCGUGCUGUGAGUGUGAGGAUGGGCGUCCCGGUGUCUGCUGCUGUGACUCUAGGGCUGCUGUUCUUCUUGUCUGCGGGACUGAACGAGCAGGUGGCCGAGGGCUGUAAAUGUCUUCCAAGACACCCUCAACAGGUGUUCUGCGAGUCUGAUAUAGGACGUGUCAUGGAUGGAGUGAUUGUUUUUGGUUUAUGUGACUUUAUGUGGCCUUGGGACCAACUCUCCUCGGUUCAAAAGGGGAACCUCAACAUGUAUCGGAGAGGCUGUGUCUGUGAGAUUGCAUCCUGUACUGGAGCGUCCUGUUUGACCAAGAAGCUUCAAAGAAAGUGUCUGAUAGGAGUCAAUAAUUUCCUUGGUCUUGUUUAUGAAGAGGCUCUUCAGUCUGUGUGCCUGCCAUGCCGAGACGGCUUCUGCAGAUGGCGAAAAAUGAUUGGUAACUACAAAAGCUCGCUAAAAUGACGCCCUAAAAUGACUAAAAUGUCAACUAAAAUGACGCCCUGAAGACCAAGUGCAUCAGUCAGUUUGGACCUUUUGUGAUUCCGAAUGCUUAGAUUCUUAAAUGAAUUUAAACAUUUAAUGAAGCUUUGCAAUGCAGUCAGCAAAUGCAUACAGAACUCUGUUUUCAUGGAGAUAUGCCAUUAACCAUUAAACUGUUUUGCAU